UCGUUCAGAGCCAGUUAAGCUUAAAGAAGCAGACCCCCUUUUGGUCUUUCCAGUGUUGGCACUAUUUUGGCAGUAAGCUCUUUCCAGUUCCAUGGAUCUUUUUCUUACCCUGUUCUGUAGGCCUGAUUUUGACAUCUUCUGAAUCAAACCUGAGGGCAGUGGCGGUUUUAUUUGACUUUGCCAGUUGCUAGGGAUCUGUUUUAACCUCUACAUGCUACGUGUUCCUGCCCUUAGUGACCUGAUUUGUUCCUGAAAUGGUUAGCAUGCAACCAUUUGCAUAAAAAUUGGUGGUGAUGUAAGAUGGUUCUUCCACCAGAAUACAAGUGGAAAUCAGUACAGUAGAAACUGAAAGUGCUAAUAAGUAGGGUGAACUUCAGGAAUAUUUGGGCAUCCCCCAAGGAUGGAAGAGUUGCAGGGCGUGAUUACCUGGAAGAAAGGCUUUUUUUCUGGUCCAGCAGACAGUUCAGGAUCCAGAACCCAAGGAUGAACGUUCACCGUGGCGGUGAGAGCGACAGGGUACUGCGGCAGGAGGCGAGCUGCCUAAGCGAUGACCCUGCAGCUGCGGCCCAAGAGAGAGAAACAAAUAGCCUGACUGCUUCCGCUCUUCAGAGUCUCGCUUACCCUCUAGGUUCCAGGAGCGAUGACCUUUCACUUGACUAUGCCUCUCAGCCAGCAAAUCUUCAGUUCCCUCACAUAAUGCCACUUCCCGAAGACGUCAAAGGCUCCUGCUUCCAAAAUGGGAAUAAACGGAACCAUGAACCCUUUAUGGCUCCAGAACGAUUUGGAAACAGCACUGUGGGCUUUGGCAGUAACGUUCAUUCCCAGGCGCCAGAGAAAGUGACACUUCUUGUAGAUGGCACACGUUUUGUUGUGAAUCCACAAAUUUUCACUGCUCAUCCGGAUACCAUGUUGGGAAGAAUGUUUGGACCAGGAAGAGAGUACAACUUCACUCGGCCCAACGAGAAGGGAGAAUAUGAGAUUGCUGAAGGAAUCAGUGCAACUGUAUUUCGAACAGUGCUGGAUUAUUACAAAACUGGUAUCAUCAAUUGUCCUGAUGGCAUCUCUAUUCCAGACCUUAGAGAUACAUGCGAUUAUCUCUGCAUUAACUUUGACUUCAACACUAUCCGAUGUCAAGAUCUGAAAGAGUUUCAAGUGUGGGCUGAAAAUCAUUUGCAGAAGCAGAGACGUGAUACUAACCUAUUCCCUCUCCGGCUUCACAGCACUGUGAGGAAGUGGAGUAAACCAAAGAGAAUGCACGGUGCUUUGCUGCAUGAACUGUCCAACGACGGUGCUCACAAGCAGUUUGACCACUACCUCGAAGAACUGAUCUUGCCCAUCAUGGUGGGCUGUGCCAAGAAAGGGGAGCGAGAGUGCCACAUCGUUGUGCUGGCGGAUGAGGACUCCGUGGACUGGGAUGAAGACCACCCCCCCCCCAUGGGGGAGGAGUAUUCCCAAAUUCUUUAUAGCUCCAAGCUCUAUAGAUUCUUCAAAUAUAUUGAGAAUCGUGAUGUCGCUAAAACAGUGUUAAAGGAGCGAGGCCUGAAAAAUAUUCGCAUUGGAAUUGAAGGUUACCCUACCUGUAAAGAAAAAAUUAAGAGAAGACCCGGUGGCCGGUCUGAAGUAAUCUAUAACUAUGUGCAGCGCCCCUUUAUCCAGAUGUCCUGGGAAAAGGAAGAAGGGAAGAGUCGCCAUGUAGAUUUCCAGUGUGUCCGAAGCAAAUCCCUCACUAAUCUGGUAGCUGCAGGAGAAGAUGUCUUAGAGGACCAGGAGAUAGUAAUGCACCACCCACCUCAGGUGGAUGAACUCGACCGGCUGAAUGCCCCACUUUCUCAGAUGGCAUCUAACGACUUUCAGGAUUAGGGCCAGCUGUGGACCCGUGUCUCUUCAGAGCCCUUCUCUGUCUGCGAUGCCCACAGCCAGUUCUCCCCUUGGUUUGUCUCCCCGAGUAUCAGGAGACCUGCUUCUCCAUCCUUUCCCUUUCUCCUACAAUUAGCGUGUGUCCUUUUCAUUACUGAAAAGUCUGUGCCUCCGGCAGGGGAUAAAAAAGCACUCACUGGCAAAUAAGCUACCAGCUUUGCAGCAGCCCUGGUAACUUGAAAAUUUUGGAUCUGGUGCCGUUUACAGAGUCUUUGCAUAACUGCAAAAAGUAGGAAAGGAAGUCGACUCCCAUUGGCUCAUAUUCAUCAAAGCAGUCCUCUCAUCCUUGAUACUUUGUCCUUGGCUUUUUCGUUUGUUAGUUUUAUACCAGACAAAUUACGUAGCAGAGCAAAGGGACCAAACCUUAAAAAAAGACAAUCUCUAGCUUCCACAAGCAGGCGCUAAUGGGAUUCUCAUUAGGGUUCAGUGAAGAUGCCAUUCCUGGUAGCCUCUGUGCCCAGACCUGCAUCUGGGAAGAACUAGGCUCUCUUCAAAACGUCCAAAAGGAGAUUUCUUAAGAGUUUAAAUUCAGUUUUUUCAUUAAUGCAAUGAAUAGUUCAAAACCGCACAGAUCCGACUGAAGUCCAAUAAUAAUGUAACAACAUUUAUGAAACCUUUUUAGGUUCAAGGUUUUUGAGUCUAAAGAAAUCAUUUGGAAUGAAAUUCACAACUCAAGUAGAAGAACCUGUCCAGAUCAGGCCACUUUGAUUAUCCUGGCUUGGAAUCUGGUGUGAAGCCAUAGGUCUUCACCCUAGGCAGCACAUUGCUGUGAGUGUGGCUGGGAAACCUUAGAUGAUAUGGCUGAAAGGCUUUUAAUAGACAGGCAGAAAUUUCUCACAAGUGCUCUGUUUCUCAAUAGAAAGACUUCAAAGAGCUCCAGGGAAGGGGGCAUUUGGGGUAAAGCUGGGUGGGGAGAUGUCACCUGCCCCGGCUUUGUCCCAGUGCAGGAUUUUUCUUUGUAUAUUCUUUUCAUACUAUGGAAUUUUUUUUGGAUAUCAGGAUAUUUGUUUUUGAAGUAGCCUAUCACUGGGUUAGAAAACCAUACUACUGUCAUCCCCAAAGGAUAGAUGAAUUGAGGGGUAUUAGGCCUAGUAAUUUUGUUUGAUCUUGUUGGCUCUGUGUUAAUAAUGCAUGUUGUGUGUGAACCCAGACCACUCCUCCCAGUACUGAACCAUUUUCCCUCGUGUCCUCAUGGCUAUUAACAGCAGAACUAAGUUUAGAGUCUAGAGCCAGAUGUUAAGUGUCUGGGGAUAAUCUCCCAUUUUAUGAUAAAGUUGGCAUUCUAAUCACCUACCCAGAGCCUUUACCCAUCACAGAUUUCAAAGAGGUACAUAGUUUUCUUCAAGUUCUUUAAGGAAACAUGACUAGUUUUCUUAAAUUCCAUUCCCGUAAGAUACCAUAGAGCAAGCUAGGUGACUCCAUUUUGACUGCCCUAGUUGUAGCCCUCCAAGGGUAAAGUCAGAUGGGUGUCGAAAGCUGUUUUUUCCAGGCUUGAAGAACAAGAAUGUUCUUAAGUGUGUUCUCUGUGCAUGUGACCAGCAUCACAGUGGAAAUCAAUACUCCGUUCAUUACUCAGAAAACAGUAGUAGUAAGGGGUUAAACUGAGCCAUCUCCCACUUAGAGAAUUCUUCUGACUACCACUGGCAUCCAAAUUGUAAGGCUGAUGGUUAAAGUUUAGGGUGAAGGUUUUUUUGUAGCCAGAGGGUACUUUUAUGUCUGUGAAGCUCCUUGACUCCUAUUUGAGGUCAGGUUUGGCUUUGACCAUGCCAGUAUUUCAUUCAUACCUGCUGGUAGUUGACCAACCCAGAUAAUCGUUUAAUGGUGCUGCUUUUCUGCUUCUCAAUUGACUUCCUCCCAUGCCAUCACAAAGGAAAUCUGAAUGAACUGUGUUAGUCUAGUAAGUAUAACGUCUGUUCUCCAUCUUCUGUAUGAACAUCUAAGUGUGAACAUGCUGCAGCUGACCCUCUAAAACCAAUUAGUCCUUGCUUAGGUAAAAAGCCAAGUAUGAAAGUAUGGCAUGGACUUAGCACUCUAUUCUAUGUAAAUGAUUAAUUUCCUCGGGCUUUCAAGAAGUAUCUCUCUCCCCCGCCCCCCAAUUGGGUUAAUGUGCUUUUGGUCCCAACCCAUGGGGUGAGUGAGCUGGAAACCGUACAGGUUAAUCUGCCAGUGUCACUGGAUGGUGGAGACGAAGGGAAAAGUGGGGCCCACAGGUCCCUUCUGGUGAAGAGGGGGGUUUCUUCUGCACCCACCACCCUCCCAGCCUGGAGCUGGAGCUCAGCAUCACUGCAGUUUCUGAGCUCCCCUUCCCCAGGGCCAAGCCAUUCCAUGAUGGCAGGACUGCUGAGUCCCCACAGGGACAGGGGCUGGGUUGCAGUCAUUCCCUUCAGAGUCUGUUACUGGCCAGGUGGCAAGAGAGAUUUCUAAUAAAGGUGGAACUCAGGUUUGGUGGGUUUUUUUUUUUUUUCUUCUAAGUGCCUAAAUAAGCCAGGCUGUUUAUACAGAGCCAUCUUCAGAGGAAGAUGUUUCGCUCAGACGGUCUUACUCAGAGGUAGCUCCGCAAGCCAAGAGGAACCUGAAUUUGAGAUUUAGAAUCUGAGUUUGUGAAUGCAUCAUUAUCUUGUAUCGCUGACUGGGAAACAUUUGGCAUUGAGCUGGAGAGUGGGCAGAGUGUUAACAUGUGUCUGGUAAGAUGAUCAUGGUUUCUCCAAAGUGGAGGAAAAGUAUUGAAAAGAUGUUAGCAAAAAUGGUAAGGAAGCUAGAAAGUACAUUUACUGCAUAAUAUGUAAUAGCCACUAUUACUAGCUAAAUUAUUAAUAGCUAAAUUCCAAGAAACCAGUAUGUCAUCUAAUGUAUACAGGUCUAUGAAAAUACUACGGAAUAAGCCCAGGAAGGAUGGAAAUAUUUGCAGAAAACAAUCAGCACAGGCUUUAACUCAAAUUGUCAAAGUGUGAUAUGGAGUCUUUUUUUUAUCGAGUGUCAACAGAAAGUUAAGAAUCAAGGGGUUUUAGUAAUUUAUCCAGUGCCACUUCUUGCCAUUAUUUUGAAAUUGUUAAAAUGCGCAUACAAGUUCAGAAAGCAAACCUGAUGCCUUCCCUGGGGGAGAUGGAGCCACGUUCCGUGCUCUGGGUGGGAUCACCUCUGCAGGAGAACAUUACAUUUUCUCUUAAAGGCAAAAUGCUUGUAGAUUUUUGCCUCUUUACUUUGUAUUUACUUUUAAAGUUGCACUUGUUCACCUACCAGUGUUUACGAAAUCCUUUAAUUGGGAUGCUUUUUCUAUAAUAAAAUAUUAUCAUUUGCA